CUGUUCCUUUCCCCACACCACAACCGUCUCUUGCUUUCCUCUGUCUCUUUCCACAAUCCCAAACAUUCCCAAGUACUCUCUCUCCUAAUUUCAAUGGCACCCAAGGCCGAGAAGAAGCCCGCAGAGAAGAAGCCGGCGGAGGAGAAGAAGACCGCCGCAGCCGAGAAGGCCCCGGCGGAGAAGAAGCCCAAGGCGGGGAAGAAGCUGCCCAAGGAUGCCUCCGCCGCCGCUGGCGAGAAGAAGAAGAAGAGGUCGAAGAAGAGCGUGGAGACGUACAAGAUCUACAUCUUCAAGGUGCUGAAGCAGGUCCACCCGGACAUCGGGAUCUCGAGCAAGGCCAUGGGGAUCAUGAACAGCUUCAUCAACGAUAUAUUCGAGAAGCUGGCCCAGGAGGCGUCCAGGCUGGCCAGGUACAACAAGAAGCCCACCAUCACUUCUCGGGAGAUACAGACGGCGGUGAGGCUUGUGCUGCCCGGCGAGUUGGCCAAGCACGCCGUGUCCGAGGGGACAAAGGCCGUGACGAAGUUUACUAGUUCUUGAAUUUGGGGGUGGGGAUUAGGGUUAGGGUUUCGUUUUGGUAAUUCCUGUUGUUAUGCUUUGUUUUUUCUGUUGGAUCUUGAAUGGAAUAGGACGCUGGCGUGUAAGUACUGAUGCAUUAUGGAAUGGAAAUGAAUUUACUUUACUAUGUA